GGCUUUUUAGCUCAUAAUUUCGAUUUACUUUAAGGAUAUUUUUAUUAUAAAAGUUAAGUUUUAUCUGUCUUUUUUUUCCUGGUGGAAAUGGGCUUCCAUAAUAAUGAGACAUGUUAUAUUGUUCAAAAAUAAAUUCAAGGAAAAAGAAAAAGUCCUCUGUGUUUCCCAAUGGUGCUUCCUGUAGCUUUGCGGCUAACGUUAGCUAAUGUUACAUGUCGGUUGAACCCCGCUGUAUGCCAUCAUUGUUGGAGAGGACGUAACAUUCUUCCCCCUCCAGACUGAAACAACAUGAUGGAGCUACCCAACUACAGCAGCCAGCUGAUGCAGCAGCUGUGGGCCCUGAGGAAGGAGGGCCACUUCUGCGACUGCACCAUCCUGGUGGGAGACAGCCCUCACCGUGCACAUAAACUGGUGCUGGCUGCCUCCAGCAUGCUUUUCAGGUCUCUCCUGGAUGGCUCCGACACUAUCUCCAUCGACACAGCCAUGGUUUCCUCGCAGGAGUUUGGCUGCCUGCUUGACAUGGUCUACACUGGCAAGCUGCCGAUAGGCAAACACAACGUCAGCCGCAUUGUUGCCGCCGCAGACAGCCUGCAGAUGUUCGACGUGGCUGUUGGCUUCAAAAACGUCCUCACCAGUCUUGUGAGCCAGCAUCCCCCAACCCCUGUCCAUUCUACACAGAGCCCAAGCCUUACCGUGAUCAACAACACCCAGAGCCUAAAGUGCGAAGGUCCAGCUUCACCCAACAAGGACGGCUCAGAUUUAGAGAAGACAGGGCUGAAGGCUGAGCUCAAGAAGGAAAACUGUCAAGGGGACAGACAGGAUGACAGUGAAGACCCAGAGGAACCAGCAUGUAAAAGGACCUGUGUGGAGCUCUCCGAGUCCUCAGAGCCUGAAGAAGCCAAAUCCUCAGAAAGUGAGGUGGAAGAAAACAACACGACAGCAGCCACGGUAUCCAACAGGUCUGCUACUGGUCUACUAAAACAUUUCUCCCAGAAUCUGGAGCUUCUCAGCAGCAUGCCGUCUGUCCUGGAGCUGCUGAGCCAGGCAGCACAGAGCAGCCUGGAGGAACAGGAGAGACGGGUUGUGUGUCAGUGCUGUGAGGAGGCAGAUCCCAGCUCAGCAUUGGAGAAGCUGGUGAGCAGAGUGAAGGAGGGGCAGCUCAUUGAGGGAGCGCUUCGCAGACUGCUCCAGACUGUUCAGCACAAUGCUCCUUCCUCCUUCCCCAACACCCUGCUCUCUCUGCUGGAGGAGGCAGAGGGGAACACACAGGAGCCAGAAGGAGACCAAGGUGGAGUUGACUCAGAAAAGCAGAACUGCACCAAAAGUGAAGAAGAGCAGGAGGAAGAGGGAGAAGAAGUAAACAGUAAGGAGGAGACCGAAGAGGACGAGAAAGUCACAAAUGCUACCACGGAUUCUUCCUCUUCCACCUCCCCCUCCAAGCCCUACUCCUGUCGCUGGUGUAAGAAAGGUUUUGCCUAUAAGUGUCGAAUGCUGGCCCACAUGAAGCGCUGUUCCAUGUCCCAGGAGUAUGAGCAGCAGUGCUUGCAGUGCCCCGCGAAGCUGCCCAACCAGCGGGCCCUGCAGCGCCAUCGGGUAGAGGCUCACAACAACACGGCGCGAGUGAAGAAGAAGGUGGCCUGUGACCUCUGCGGGCGAACCUUUGCCCACCCAUCAGGCAUGAUCUACCACAAACGCACUGAGCACUUUGAGGAGAAACCGUUUGCAUGCGAGGACUGCGGAGCAAAGUUCGGCGCCAACUCAUCUCUGAAGAACCACAUGAGGCUGCACACGGGGGAGAAACCUUACCACUGCAAACACUGCGAUAUGAGCUUCAGUGUGGCUGCCGCACUCGCGUACCACACCAAGAAGAAACACUCAGAGGGGAAGAUGUAUGUGUGUCAGUACUGUAAGGCCAUCUUCGCCCAGUCCAUUGAACUGACGCGUCACGUGCGGACACACACUGGCGAUCGGCCUUAUGUGUGUCGAGAGUGCGGCAAAGGCUACAGCCAGGCCAGCGGACUCACCGUCCACCUGCACACCUUCCACAAUUUGUCGGAGCCUCAUGACUGUCAGAAGUGUUGCCUCAGCUUCUCCUCGCUGGAGGAGCAUCGCCAGCACAUCCAGGAGCUCCACCCAAAGGAGUUCCACAAGUGUCCCACCUGCAACAAGGUGUUCACCAGCGCCGCCCUGCUGGACAAACACAAGGGCACACACGCCGGAACCAAGCCCUUCAGCUGCGACCUCUGUAACAAGUCUUACCAGCAACUCUCGGGUCUGUGGUACCAUAACAGGACCAACCACCCCGAUGUGUUUGCUAGCCACACCCGGCAGCUCAAGACCCUGGUCCAGUGUGAUGUCUGCUUCAAGUUCUUUCCCAGUGCCGCCAGUGUGGCCAAACACCAGGCUGCAGAGCACCAAGGCUUGGCAGCGUCGGCAGAGCGCUGUCCGUACUGCCCGGCUGUGUUGGGCGGGGAGGAGGAGAUGCAGGAGCACAUCAGCAGCCAGCACGUGAGCCCGAACAGCGAGGCCACCAGCUGCCUCCUCUGCUCCCUGGUCUGCACCUCCCAGAUGGAGCUGCAGGAGCACCUGCUCUCCUGUCAUGUGGAGGCACAGGAGGAGCAGGAGGCCGGAGAGGAGCAGCAGGCCUCCACCUCACACACAGGCAGUGAAGGGGCAGAGUCGGCCCUGUCGGAGGAGCAGGCGCAGCUGGCAGCCGCCCAGCAGGUGUUUGUGACUCUGGCUGGUGGAAGAGAGGGCGGGUCAUCAGCGGAGGCCGUGGAGGUCAACAUGUACGACCUGCUGAACUGCUCGGUCACUUACAUCUGUGAGGACAAACCGGCAGCUCCUGACUCUUAACCGCAAACUUUGAGCCCUGGAGGAUCACUGUGGACACCGAGCAGUUUUAUGAUUUUAUUGUCUCCUCCAAUCAUCAACAGGCUAAACUGAUAUCAUCCACAAGCCGAGGACUCUUCCUGUUGUACGCUCAUCUUUAUUCCACCGAAAUCUGUUUUGCAGUUUAAAUAAAUGUGGUGAAUGUGUUUCACUUCAGUUUAUAUCUGGAGAGGUUGGUUUAUAAGGGUGCUGACAAGAGCACAGAAAGUCAAACACAAAGCAGAAAAACAAACAUGACCUACCUUGGUCAUGUUACCAUGACAGCAACUCCCAAGACUAGAGGAUGAAUGUGGACUUUGAAUGAAAAGUAAGAGCUCUUGACCAUGAAACAUUUUAAUGGGAUAAUGUGUUUGAAAGUGUGCACGUUGAUUGAUAAGGUUUGCUGUAUUUUAUUUUUAUUUUUUAUCGUUGACAACAAAACCCAUGAAAAAACAACAUUGUGUUAGUGCGUAUCUCAAUAUUCUCCAAAUCCUUCACCCUGGCUGUGGCUCUCAGCCCCGAGCACAUUGCUUCCAAUGGAAAUGGAAAUCUGUAAAAACUGGUCACAAAUGUAUUUACUUUUUUAUUAAAGACUGUAAUAUACUAAAACAUUAUUCUUCAAACAGGAGGAAAUAUCCAACACAGUAUGAGAAUCUGGAUCCAUAUCUGAUCAGCACUGAAUGAGCUGUCAAUCACAAGGUAGCCCCGCCCUUAAGCAUACCCUGCUUUAUGGUCUAUUUUACUGUAAAUUCAAUUUCAAUUCUAUUCAAUUUUAUUUGUAUAGCGCCAAUUCAUAACAGAAGUUAUCUCAGGACACUUUUCAAAUAGAGCAGGUCUAGACCGAACUCUUUAUAACAUUAUUUACAGAGACCCAACAGUACCACCAUGAGCAAGACCUUGGCGACGGGGGCAAGGAAACACUGCCUGUUAAAAGGCAGAAACCUAGGACAGAUCCUCCGGCUCUAGGUGGGUGGGACCAUCAUUUACUAAAUGAACAUCAUACUGUAUGGAAGAAGACUGAAACUAGAGAUUGAGACCAUAAACUCAUUAGGAAACUGUUUACUGAGCUCAUAAAUCAAGAGGUCAGCUCAUUUUUCCAUAAGACUGAAGCCCCCUGCUGGACGUUUGAAAGAAUGCAGUUUUAAGACACUUUUGCGUUGGCUUCACUUCAGACCCAGUAGCUGUCCAUCAUACUGUCAAUGAGACAUAACACUCUUCAGCAGACACAAUCACUGUUGGUCUUUUUAUGGGAUUUGUUGACAAUAUGAAAACCAUCGAAUAUUGGCAGCCUUAUCCUUUAAAAAGCUGAAGCUAGCACAUAAAGAUGUUGUGGCUGCAUUGCAUUCUGGGUUAUUUUCUACUGUAUGUGUAGAACCUGGAAUCACUCGUCUGUUUCUUUCUGUGUGAUUGUUCGGUGUCAGUGACCACAGUACAGCUUUCUGAAACACCUCUUGAUGUUUCACAUUGUCCACAUUCAUUAGUCCUGGAACAUUAAAGUCUUGUCUUGUUAGGAACUGGAA